AUGUGCUUUGAGGUGUGGAUGUGCUCUUGCGCAAGAACUUGUGUAGUGUAAAUGUAGCCUCAUUCCUUUACAGUCUGGACAGAAGUCGGGUGUUGAGAAGAUAGUUCUAUCUUUAUGCUGCUCUCUUGUGUUUAUAGCUUAAAAUGGUGUCACAUGAGGUAUGUUAAACUAUUUUAUUCAUUUCAUACCAGCAAUCACGUGACACUGGCAGAGAUUUCUGUUUAGCCUUGUAAAUUCCACACAGGGCACACAAUGUUCACUUCAGACCCAACUAGCAUAAUCUACAAAUCGAGCUGAAAGCAAACUAUAGUCUGGACGGCAGGGUAGGUGACCUUCAGAAACCAAGUUAUCACCGCUGUUCCCUGUACCUGCAGGAGACAGCCUAAGGGAAAAUUCUUCAGAGGAACCUUACUGAAUGUUUCAAACCCCUUCUCCCACACUUUAUUCUGUGGGCUCUUACUCAGCAGGGGGCAUCUGUUACAUGGACACUCAUUAAACUGCAGCUAGGCUCGUAAACAUUCAAUAAGAUUUGAGUAUCCAUAUGUGGUAGUGCUGAAUGCAGAUUUAGGCUCCUAUUGAAAAAGCAGAAUUGGAGAUGACCUUCUUUGGAACAUCUCUGGGUCUGAUCUAUCCACAGAUUAACCAAACAUUUUAAUGAUGUGUAGGUGUAUACUAACAUUGUUCUUUCUGACAGUUUAGUUCCUGAUGGGAGAUCAAGACAUUAUUAUAGAAGUCCCUGCAACACUGAAGCGGCUGGCCAAAUACAUGGUGCGUGGCUUCUAUGGAGUAGAGUAUUCACUGGUCCUUGACGUAUUGAUCCGAUACCCCUGUGUGAAGGAGGAUGACUUGUUGCUGCUACUCAAGUAUGAACGCAAACAGUUGCGCACUGUCCUCAACACACUGAAGGCAGACAAACUUGUUAAGCUGCGCAUGCGAGUUGAAACAGGGCCCAAUGGGAAGAGUACAAGGCAUAAUUACUACUACAUCAACUACAAGGUACUGGUUGAUGUUGUGAAGUACAAGCUGGAUCAUGUGCGUCGGAAGAUAGAAGCAGAUGAGCGGGAUUCAACCACCAGGUCCUCUUUCAAGUGUCCGUCUUGCUUCAGCACUUACACAGACCUGGAAGUAAAUCAGCUCUUUGACAUAUUCACAGAAACUUUCCGUUGCACCUACUGUAAUGCUGAAGUUGAGGAGGAUGCUUCUGCACUUCCCAAACGAGAUGCUCGAACCUUGUUAGCAAAAUUUAAUGAACAAAUUGAACCCAUCUUUGCACUACUGCGUGAGACUGAAGAUGUUGUUCUACCGCAUGAUUUGCUUGAGCCUCAACCAACAGAAAUCCCAGAACUAUCAGAAAGGUAUUUUGAGAAAUGCCUUCUCAAUACAAGUUCUAAUGUAAGGAAGCAAGAUGUUUUCUGGCUCACUUCAGAGAGUAGCUUGAGCUGA